AAUAGAAGGCGUCUCGUCGUCGUCGGAAGAGGAGGAGGCUGGGGAAGGCCCGGAUUGCUUCCCUCAGAGUAAAACUAAUGGGAGGCUCCUUGAGGCAGCCAGUUAGCUGCCAGUCGGCACGGUGGACACACAUCCUGCGCUUCCUGCCUCUAACCAACACAAACCUAUCUUCAAUUUCGCAAUACAGAAACCAGUGUGUGCAUGUAUCACUAAAGUAUUAACGUUGAAAGAAGUGUUGACCAGACCACACACUAGAAGGUGAAGGGACGACGACGUUUCGGUCCGUCCUGGACCAGUCGAUUGUGAAAGAGGUUAAAUUAUAUACAAAUAAUAUUAGUCUGGGGUUUUUCAAUACGUUGUGGCAGUCGAAUAUACAAUAAUUCCCCGGAAAUUUAGAGAGUGAAGUGUGUGUUGAAGUCCAUGCCAGGAUCAAAGGUGUUGUACGAAGCCUUGUGGUGCCCCAGAGGUGGUGGGCACUGACAUCACCCGCCUCACUCCACGCCCAGCAUGGCCAGGAGGCUCGAUUCUAAAAGGAUAAUGAAACACCUAUUUUCGAAACGGCCAUUCUUCAAGAACAGGUACGGGUAAUGGAGCGUUGUGGAGGAGUGUACAGACACGAGUGAUAAUUCUCGCUCCCGUCUCACCCUCAACGGCGGCAGCUGCCGGGGUCGCUGCACGCUGCUCCCGGGCCUGGAGGAGGGCGACGCCGGGGCCACGGGGCAUGGACCCCGGACCAUGACCUGUCCCGGGAUAGGGGAAGGUCCGCCACCUGCUAGCCUCGUCGAGGAGUCUGACCUCCACGACUGCAUGCCUCUCAUCUUUGUGGCCAUCAAGACGGGUGAUAUACAGAAGGUGCAGGAGCUGCUGAAGGAGGACCCCGAGGCGGCCAGCGGUGCCAGGUACGGCGGGUGCUCGCCCCUGCACGCCGCCUGCAGCCUCCAACGCCUCCACAUCUUGACGGAGCUGCUCAACUAUGACGCCAAGGUAGGAGCGGUGAACGGCCUGGGGUACACAGCGCUGCACCUGGCCGUCUGCGAGGGUUGGCACCAGGGCGUCGCCCUCCUGCUGCAGCAUGGUGCCUCUCCCAACACCGUCAGCAACCCGCCACUUACUGUCAAGGGAGUGCGUGUGGAGACGCCGCUACACUGCGCGGUGAGGCGCGGGGACCUGGCCUCUGUUGUGCUGAUGCUGCAGCACCAGGCGGAUCUCACCCUGAGAGACGGUGAUAAUUGUUCCGUUCUUCACUUGGCUGCAAUGUCCCGUAGUCAUGAGGUGACCCGCCAGCUGCUGCAGGAGAAGUUGAAUCACAGACUGGUGACUGUGAGCGACAAUGAUGGCAACACCGCGCUACACAAGGCUCUCCUGAUGGACUGUGACACAGCCGAAGAGUCCACAGUCCAUGAGAUCGUAGAGGAACUCGUCAAGGCCGGAGCCAAUGUUAACGCAACUAACAAAUGGAAGGAAUCUCCACUCUUUUUGGCCGCUCGUCAUCGACUGCCAAAACUAGUGGCACUAUUACUGUCCCUGGGAGCAGACCCUACACUGCUGACCCACCGCGGGCAGUCUGUGCUGCACGCUGUCUGCCGCCGGGGCUGCGCGGCUUGCCUCGCGCGCCUUCUGGCCACCAACCUCGUCAAUGAGCUGGUCACGGCAGCAGACAAGGAGGGUCGCGAACCUUUCCAUUAUGCUGUACAUAGUGGAUCCAUCGACUGUUGCGAGUUGUUGCUCAAUCAUGGCGACCACUUGACGCGAGUAGAUAGAGAUGGAACCUCAAGAUGUUCCCUCAUCCUGGAACAUCUUCCUUCGGCCACUCAGCUCCUCAGGCGCCUGUUUGACGCCCAUAUCCGCCUCUCCAAUAACCCACAACACGAGGUAGACUUCAGAGUUACCUUCGACUACUCAGUAUUGUCCUUGGAGGAGGAGGGUGAACAGGGUUCCCUCAUAUCCGACCUCUCGAACUCGCGCCUUGAAGCACUCCUCAAGCACCCACUUCUAGAGAGUUUUCUCUUCAUCAAGUGGCGCAAGAUCAAACCUUUCUUUUACUGCAGUGUCUUAAUAUAUUUUAUGUUUCUCAUGAUGCAUACCACUUUCAUUAUCAUAACGUAUGGCGGCAACUCUCUGAGGUGGCGAGAUAACGCAGACAGCCUCGCUAUCUUCUUCGUCCUGCACGUCACAAUGUUCUUACUCAUUCUCAUCCCAGAUAUGAUUAUCAUGUUCGCCAACUUUAAGAAAUACAUACGACAGUGGGAGACACUGACCAAGAUCAUAGCCCUUGGGAGCUCUGCUGUUGUUAUGUUUUCUCACAUCAUUCCUUUCUACAGCGAGGGAGAAGUGCUAGAAGAUCUCCAAGCGAACAUUAUGGAGAAUGACACCGCGGAAGAGUUAAACACAACUGGCAAUUUCAUACAAAAUGGGACAUUAAGUACAUCAUCUGAACAUGACAGCCAUUCCCAGGUGGAGGUGCCGCUCUUGCGUCGCGCGGCUGCCAUCUCUGCCUUCUUCUGCUGGGUGGAGUUCAUGAUGCUGCUGGGCCGCUUCCCAUCCCUUGGUACCUAUGUCCUCAUGUUCUCUCGCGUCGCAAAGUCCAUCAUCAAGUUCAUUGCGGCCUUUUUCAGCCUCAUUAUCGGCUUUUCCAUCAGCUUCAUGGUCUUGUUCCAUAAUAAAGAGGCAUUUAGAAGUUUCCCGCUCAGCCUAGUGAAGACUCUUACGAUGAUGAUCGGCGAGAUCGAGUACAGUGCCUUGCUGGACGAUAUCGAGAUGCCGCUCAUGAGCUGCCUCUUCUUAGUCUUGUUCCUCUUCCUGGUGUGCGUCUUAAUGGCCAACCUCCUAAUUGGUUUGGCUGUGAAUGACAUCCCGGAUCUUCAACGCCAGGGCAAGAUCAAGCGGUUGUCGAAGCAAGCCUCCUACUUGGUGUCGUAUGAGAAGCUCAUGUUGAUCGCUCGUGUUCUGCGCUGCUUCCCCCGUCAGCUACGAGUCUUCAUGAGCAGCCGUUGCCGGAUUCCUCAGGUAGUCCAUGUGUUGCCCAACAAACAUCGCAAAUCCUCCCACAAGAACGUCGAGCUCUACGUACCCUCUGAGACGCUCCAGGAAGCCAUCCUUCUUGGCAACUUCGAUGACUCAAACGAGAACAUUGCAAAUUUGGAAGAGGAUAACUUGUUGGCACAGUUCAGAUCAUUUAAGGUCAAAUACACCCACGACCUUCGUGCCAUGAACCGUCGACUAGGGCAGCUGCCAGACAGCGCUGCCACUGAGAAAAUAGUCAAAGAGCGGCUUGACCAAAGUGUGCAAAUAAUGCAAACCCAACUGUUGCAGCUUUCAUUGCAACUUCAGCAGCUUAACCAGAAUUAUAAUUACAUGCAGCAUCUGGCAGCAGGGCAGCAGCAGCAUCUGGCAGCAGAGCAGCAGCAGCAACUGACAGCAGAGCAGCAGCAGCAGCUGCAGCAGCAACUACCACACCAGCCUAUACACACACAGUCUGCAUUUCAACAAUCUGUUCAACCACAGUCACUCCCGCAACAAUCUGUGUACACACGGUCAGUGUAUCAACAAUCACUUCCGGCACACUCCUUACCCACGGCAUCCGUUCAAACACAAUCACUGUUCCAACAAACUAGCUACACAGCCAGUCAACACCACUCCUCGAACUGAAUCAGAAGAUGACUGAUCUGUUUACAUACAGACAGCAUCCCAACUCACUCACUCACUCACUCACUCUCACGACGUGCUAAGGGGCCGUCCAUGACGAACCGAAGCGUCGACACGUUCCUGUUAUGUUCCUCUAUGUUCAUUCCUGUUCCCCAGGAACUGGUAACCACAUUCACAGCUCCAUGACAAGGUUCUCAGAGAUGCCGAUACAAAUGUCUAUUCCCACACGGCAAAUAUUUAUAAUUAAAUGAAAACGUUUUUAAUUUUAAACACCCUUGGUGAAUCUAACUUAUAAUUUGUAGUUUUACAAGAAUUUAAAUAAAUUAUAUAAGAGCUUGA